AUGAGCUUUCAAGCCGUACCGAGCAGUGGGGGCCUGAGCGACGCAGGGGGUUCGGCGCGCGCCGCCUUCACCCCAACCUCCAUUGUGGAUAUCGAGCCCAACGAUGUGACGCGAAGCGAGAUGGUGCAGAUUAUCGUGACGUGGCUCAUCGAGGCGGGCUUUACGUCCUCAGCACAAAUACUGCGGGAGGAGGCCACGAGCCAGUUCCGAGGUGAGCACUACCUGCGCAAGACGCUGCGGAGCCUGAGCCGCGCUGUAGAGGAGAGCAGCUGGGAUAGUGCACAGAGGAGCCUCAAGAAGCUCCAAACAAAGGCGGCCACAAAGAGUGGUCUGAAACUGGAGGGGACGUCGCCGGCAGCCUUGCUGGUGCGCUCCCUUCCGUUCUUGCUAGCACAGCAGCAGUACAUGGAGCUGGUCGAAAAGGACAAUGAUCAGCGCACCUUCGCCUUCUUCAUGCGCAGCAUUAAGCCAUUCGAGCGUUCCAUCAGUCGCGAGCACUUCCAGAAGCUCACAUAUCUGCUGACAUGCAAGACCGUGGCGGAGAGCAGCAACGUUUACCCAGAGUACCGCGGCUGGACCGCCGAGCUUGGACGUGCACAGCUUCUGCAGCACAUCCGCACGCAGGUGGGAAGCGUCGAUUACUCGAACUAUUGCCGACAUGGAAACGUGUGCAUACCGCCGCCGGUGGAGCUGACGCGGCCGCUGCACACCAUCUUCCAGCAGUCCUUCUCCUACGAACUCCUGUCCCAUCAACACCCGGAUCUUGUGCGGCGCCUUCCGCGCACCACCAUUACCUCCCUCUCUGCCCCCCUUGAGUCGCAGCUGCCGGCCACGGAGCCCUUUAUCUCCAUCGACACUAGCGCUCUCGUUCGGAGCACCUUUCCUGCUCUGGCGCCUGGCGAUGUGAGGCAAUGUGUGAAGCUGACCGCGUGUCAGCCUUUUCUCAGCCACGGCGCUGUCGUGGCAGCGACGGACACUGGUGCCGUGCUUUGGAUCCCAACUGGACCUCUGUGCAACAGCGACGCUUCUGCGCCCUCGUUUGAGUCUCACGCGGCAGAUAAGGCCCAGCUGCUGUAUCACCACAAGCGCCCUAUACGAGACUUGAGGCGCAACGGCACAAAGCUGCUGUGCUGGGGCAGCUGUCAGACCCUCGUGCUGAACGUCCAGCCUCUCCUUGACGGCGGCGCCGCAGCGCUUGCAAGUGACUGCGUCACCUGUGUCUUUACACACGCCGCUGACGUGUACGCCGGCUGCUUCUUCCCAUGCGGGACCCUCGCCGUGACCGGGCUGUCCGAGGGCACUGUCUGUGUCUGGGAUCUCAACACCAGCACAAAGCUGUAUGAACACCUCUUCAGCAACCACGGCGUCGUCUCCCUUGUGCUCAACCGCACAGGCACCAGCUACUUCGCCGCGUCCAAGGACGGCACCAUUCGAGUCGUUGACGUCUCCACUGGCGUCCUGACAGCGUCGCUUGUGUCGCCCAUUGCGAUGGAGAUUUGCUCGUUGGCGGUGUCGCCCUCCUCGACCUUUCUCUUGGCAUCCUACCGCGGAGGGCUGAUGCGCAUGUGGGACAUUCUGACAGGUGAGCUGCUUCCCUAUCGUUUCACCGGUACCGAGGACAAUACCAAGGCGCGCUCCCCCACGUCUUUCGGCAACACUGACGCAGAGCUCUUCAGCGGUGGCGAAGACGGGUGCCUCUACUUUUGGAAUCUUCGCUUGCGCGACCGCGCAUCGAAGCCGGUCAUCCCCGCGCGCGCAGCUGAGGCGCCCCGUAGCGGCAACCUCUACCUCUCUCAGGCGGGCAUCAACGGCAACCUCGUCCGCUACGCUGCGCAGCUGCCGUUGCAUCGUUUGCCCAUCACAGAUGUCAAAGUGGAGGGGCCGUAUGAGGUUAGUUGUGGGGAGGAUGGCAUCAUUGUGUUGUGCGCGACGUGCGCCAGCACGCACGCUUAG